UCCAAAUCAAUAGUAACUCAUUGUCUAUCUUCUCAGAACAAGCACUCUAUCUCAUACCAAACUCACAAUGAAGGGCUCUCUUGUCUUCCUCGCCGGGCUUUUCGCCCCAUUCGCCCUUGCUCAGUCUCUCUGCGACCAAUACUCCUACUACGCUAACGGCGGCUACGAGUUCAACAACAACCGCUGGGGUCAGAGUUCUGGCUCUGGCUCUCAGUGCACUUACAUCGACUGGUCCAACAGCAACGGCGCCGGAUGGCACGUUGACUGGUCCUGGUCCGGCGGCCAGGACAACGUCAAGGCGUACCCCAACUCUGCUCUCCAGAUUGGCACCAAGCGCAUCGUCAGCUCCAUCAGCAACAUGCAGUCUGCUGCUGCUUGGUCCUACAGCGGUACCAACGUUCGUGCCAACGUUGCCUACGAUCUCUUCACGGCUGCCGACCCCAACCAUGUUACCUACAGUGGUGACUAUGAGCUUAUGAUCUGGCUCGCCCGAUAUGGCAACGUCCAGCCUAUUGGAUCUAAGCAGACCACUGUCAACAUUGAGGGACGCAGCUGGGAGCUCUGGGUGGGCAUGAACGGAAGCAUGAAGGUCUUCAGCUUCGUCGCCUCCAGCCCUGUCAACAGCUUCAACUCUGAUGUCAAGCAAUUCUUUAACUACCUCGCCAACAGCCAGGGAUACCCCGCCAGCAAGCAGUAUCUCCUCACCUUCCAAUUCGGUACCGAGCCUUUCACUGGAAGCAAUGCUAAGCUCACUGUCACCAACUUCAAUGCUCACGUCAACUAAAUUUCGGGAUCAAUCAUCUCUCGGGUGGAAUAAAUAAGGGCGUAUACAAUUCUAUGUUACAUAUUUUCUUUUUACAUAUCACACUCAAUAGCAGGCUAUCGUAACCAC